AUGUGUGGGCGCGCACGGUGUACGUUGGCGCGAGAGGAGGUUGCUGAAGCUGCAGGCGUCGCACUUGAAGAGUUUAAGGAUGGAGACAAAUAUAAGCCAGUAGAAAAUAUGGGACCUGGAAGAUACGGGCCGAUCCUUUUGCAACGUGGAGGAGCAAAGGUCGAAGGCGAGACGAAGAUGAAGACACGACUACAAGCCAUGCGGUGGGGCCUAGUUCCGUCCUUCACCAAGGCGACUGCAAAGCCAGACCACUUUCUAAUGUUUAACGCCAGAUCCGAAAAUCUACAGGAGCGACCAGCGUUUAAGCGGUUGUUGGAGUCGAAGAGAUGUGUGGUGCUGUGUGAAGGGUAUUACGAGUGGCAACAAGUGGAUAAAAGAGAGAAGCAGCCGUAUUAUUUCUACCGAGACGGCAUCCCGAUGAAGUUUGCAGGUCUGUACGAUCAGUGGAGGAAUGAAGCAGGAGAAUUGAUGUGCACCUACACCAUCCUCACCACUGCGGUUGCGCCGGAGCUAAAGUGGCUGCACACCCGCAUGCCGGUCAUUUUGUCCGAUGAAAGUGUUGAUCGGUGGCUUUCGGGCGCCAAGUUUGAAGAUCUUAAAGACUUAUUAACAUCUUAUCGCUCUACCGAAUUGAAAUGGCACCCCGUGGACAAGAAAGUUGGAUCGAUGCAAUUUCAAAGCGAAGACUGCGCCAAGAAGGUCAAUAUCAAGCAUGCAGACAACACGCCCAAGAAAGAGUUCAAGCAAUUUCCCACUAAGUUCGUUCCAGCCUCAACGCUUCUCAACAAACGUCCCGGCGACGACAAUCAGGACUCUCCGUCAUCAACAUCUCCCAGCAAACGCCGCCGUGUGUUGUCUCCAUUGAAGGCGAAAUCUCCUGCCAAAAUGAGCAAGUUGAAGUCGCCAUCGGGCCCAAAACAGUCGUCACUGGACUUUUUUUUCGGCAAGGGCUCAAAAUGAGACCUAUUUUCAAAUAACAUAUACCAUCUAAAC